UGAAUUUCGGACAUUCCUGGUGUUGAGUCCGCCGGUGUGGGACUGUCCCUCUCCCUCUCCCCGCCCCGCAUCAGCAUCACCUCCUCCAACAUAAAUAUCCGCAGAUUCUCGGUCUCACAGACACACGGAGGAGAAACGCAGAGUCGCUUCACUUUGGAUUAAGACGCAUUUUGUUUUGAGAGGAAGAGAAGUACCGCGCACUUGUUUCUGGAGGAGAAUACAGAGAUCUGCAGGAGAGCAUGAAUUUAUUACUGAACCUGCUGCUGCUUCUGUCUGCUCUGAGCUGUGCUGCAGAUCCCACAGAGCUGCAUGACAGACAAAAAAGAGGAACUCGCAAUUAUAGAGAAGCGUGUGUAGACUCUAAUUCGGCCGCGGUCAGAGACAUUGGUGUGACGUGGCUGCGAUGGAAAGGACUGAAAGUCGAGUUCUGCCGCUGUGCGUUAAGAGGAAGAGCUCGCUGUCAUGAGGUCCCUGUGACUAAAUGCUUCGUGUCUAAGUGUUAUAAUGGAGGGACGUGUAAAGAAGCGCUUUACUCCAGUGACUUCAUCUGCCAGUGUCCGCCCGGCUUUACAGGCACACAGUGUGAAAUCAAUACUCUUGAGAGAUGCUCCAGAGGUCAGGGGUUGGGAUAUCGAGGCUCGUGGAGCGUCAGUUCGUCAGGAAUGGAGUGUAUUAACUGGAACUCCAGCUCUCUGCGAGGGAAGAAGUUCACUGCGAGGAGACCAGAGGCGAGCACACUGGGUCUGGGGAACCACAACUACUGCAGGAAUCCAGACGGAGACUCUAAACCUUGGUGUUAUGUAUAUAAAAAGGCUCAGAUCUCAUGGGAGUUUUGCUCUUUACCGACAUGUGUAAUAGACCCGUAUCUGGAGUGUGCUCAGAGAUCAGGUCAGACCUACAGAGGGACGAAAGCCAUCACACGCAGCGGUCUGAAGUGUCUGCCGUGGGAUUCACCCGCUGUUUCUCAUAAAAUCUACAACGCGUGGAGAUCUGAUGCCAGAGAGAUGGGCAUCGGCAGUCAUAACUUCUGCAGGAACCCAGACGGAGACCUCGGCCCCUGGUGUCACGUCUAUAAAGGCUCUCAGCUGACCUGGGAACUGUGUGAUGUCCCCCAGUGCCCGAGGAAACUUCCAUCAAUCACCACACUUGGACCACGAGCCCCUGCAACCACUAACAAUCAAGGUGUGUGUGGUCAGCGUGAGUCUCCGUCUAACCUGCUGCCGAUGUUCAGGAUUCGUGGUGGUCAGGCCAGUGACAUCAGAGAGCAGCCGUGGCAGGCGGCCAUCACCGUUUACCUGCCGCGCUCAAAAACACACAACUUCCUGUGCGGUGGCGUCCUCAUUGACUCCUGCUGGAUCCUCUCAGCCGCUCACUGCUUCCAGCAGAGAUACGAGGAGAGUCGUUUGCGGGUGGUUUUGGGUCGAACCUUCAGGCUCCAGAACUCCAGCAGUGAGCAGAUCUUUGACGUGGAGAAAUACUGGAUUCAUGAGCAGUAUGACGACGAGACCUACGACAACGAUAUCGCUCUGCUCAAGCUGAAGAGUGAGUCUGGGAUCUGCGCGGUUCACUCUCCUGAAGUUCUGCCCGCAUGUUUACCAGAACCUAACCUGGUUUUACCAGACUGGACAGAGUGUGAGAUCUCUGGUUAUGGAAAAGAGGAAGAGUUUUCUCCGUUUUACUCAGAGAGGAUCAAGCGUGGUCUGGUGCGUCUGUGGCCGCAGGAUCAGUGUGUCCCUGAAAAACUGUCUGGUCGACUGGUCACCUCAAACAUGCUGUGCGCUGGAGACACCCGAGGGCUGGACGAUGCCUGCAAGGGGGAUUCUGGUGGUCCUCUGGUGUGUCAGAAGAACGGCAGGAUGACUCUGAUGGGUUUGAUCAGCUGGGGCGACGGCUGUGGGAAAAAGGACACGCCUGGAGUUUACACACGCGUCACCAAAUACACAAAUUGGAUCUCCAGCAAGAUGAGCGCAAACUAAGACAAGCGCAGACAGAAAGUCAUGUGCUGGAGGAAAAAACAUCACAUUCACCAACCUGCUGGAGUGUUUGUGACUGAAGGAGGACAACAUCUGAGAGUUUGUGAGUUUUUGCACACCGGACUGCACAUCUGAAUCCAAAGACCAUGUUUUUAUUUCACAGCACACAACGUGGCCUUACAUUUGAGCCUUUAAACUCAACGUUCUGCAAAGGAUGACAUGAAAUACAAGACUUUUGGGUGCUAAAGUGCACACUCGGAUGCACACUGCGCUUUGAAAGUACUUUAAGUUUACUAUGAGGGCUGCACGAUAUAUCAGUAGCUCAGAAAUGUAAUAUGCAAUAUGUAAAAGGACAUUGCAUUUACUUAAAUACUUGCAUUCUCCAUGGUCUAUGAGCAAAGUUUGGUGCAUUUUAAUUUAAUAAUAUAAUUUUGCUGCCAUUUCUGCUUGUACGUAUUUCUGCUUGUACGUACAAUUUGAUUUAGCAUCUAAUUAAGCGAUUAAUUGAGUAUGCAAUUUACAUUUUAAUACUGUGGUUGGAAAUGGCAAAUGUAAAUUAUAUAAAUUCAUUUCCAUUUUGCACCAAAUUUUGCAUGUCUUGGAAAAUGCAAAUAUACAUACAGAUAUACCAACAAUAUCAUGGUAAUUCAUUACUUUUUUUAUUUUGUUUGAUUUUAUUCCUAUAAUAUAGUAAGAAUUGCUCAUCUCCCAAUGACGACUGGGUUUAGGGGCGGGGUUUGGUGCCACGCCUCCUUUUAAAAAAUCGUACAUUUUCGCACGACUGAACUCGUAUAAAUUUGUAUAAAUUA